AUCCGGUGGAUGUGGAGAGAACCGUAAUAUGUAGUCAGAUCGGCCCGACAUGGAUGCCUAUAGGUCGCGAACAUAUACAAUAUAAAAACAUACUUUCGGCUCGACUUUGAUGAUAAUGGAACCCAACCCGCCCGUAAAUCUCGCUGCCUGUCAUCCGGCGCCCAUGCUAGCUCAGCCAACCGUGCGCAACGAACUAAGUUUGGCUGACAAACAAACAACGGGUCGAAUGAUAUGGCCCCGGUCGCAAUUUCCGGAUCGUUAUCUCGGGGAAAAUGAGCCAGAAUGUUUCGAAGAGACUUCUGGAUCAUUCCCGGGGGGGGCCCACGAUGAUCUCCGGGGGAGGGGAGGGGGCGCGAUUGCUCUCUGCGAGUUGGCCUGCUUUCGGUUACGGCAGGCUUACGCAGAAACGGGCUGUUCUGCUGUGUACAUAAAAGAGGUGCGAGAUACCGACCUGCUGGCACAGCACAACCGGGCAGGCAUCUCACGAAUGCACGCCGCCGGCUCCGCCCCGUCGCCUAGGUCCUCGACCGAUGCUUCACUUUCCAUAAUCUUGGCCAAUACCGCUAGGCUGCCCCCCGACGAGAUGAGGGAUGUCAAACACGUGGCCCCCCCCCACCCCCCUAUCUUAGAACGCGUGGGCCUCCAAUAGUUAGAACGGUUUCCGUCCGUCUAACCCGUAACCUCUGCUUCUCGCGCUGGGUUCGCAACGAUGAUUAGCCGUCUCCGCCCGUCUCCCAGCGGAGAACUAGGCCCGGCACCAGGAGAAGUCCGCACGCAGCGAGGCCUUCGUCUUGCCUAGUGAACUCGCCGCCCAAGAC